CAGAUUACUACAUCUGCUGUUCUUUGUUUUAUUUCAAUUUGUAAUGUGUUAUUCAUGUAUGCUUCAGAGCAUCUGUGUAUUUGAGCUACUGUGGUACAUUAUUUUCCUUGUCCUUCUCAAUCUCUCCGCAGCCUUCCUGUCAUUACCUUUCCAAACCUCUCAUGUGUGGUCCAUCAUCAUCUGUUCCCAAACAUGGGAUCAUUACCCAAAGCUUUCUAAAACUGGUUUCUGUUCUCAUCCAUUCAGUGACUACCAAGAAACCAUACUAGACUUCUUCCUUGAAUCCCAGCUGUGCAUCUGGUUCAUCCUCGCAGCAAACCGGGAUGAGUCCUAUUCAAGACCAACAAAGCCAGCAGAUUUCUGGGGAAACGACUGUAAUAUUCUAAGUGGAUUGGAUAUGGAAAAAGGCAAAGAAGGAGGAACAUGGAUGGGUAUUAGCAAGAAGGGCAAGUUUGCUGCACUGACGAAUUAUCUCCAACCCAUAAACAGUCUGAAUGCAUUAGGGAGAGGUCAUCUAGUGGCAGAUUUCCUGACUGAAGAGGCAGAUGGUUUGACUUACUUAAAGAAAGUAUCUUCAGAAGGACAUCUGUACAAUGGGUUUAACUUGAUAACUGCAGAGUUUAACAACACCAAAGAAGAUACAAUGUGUUACUAUGGAAACAAAAGUGGCCAGGAGCCCAAAACACUGGAGCCAGGUAUUUAUGGGCUUUCAAACAGCCUUCUUGAGACUCCAUGGAAGAAACUUGUUUAUGGAAAAAAGCUUUUCACAGAUACAAUUAAACAAUGCAAUGAACUUUCUCCAGAGAGCUUAGUGGAAGAACUCAUCAAUAUGCUGAACAAUGAGGAGUUCCAAUUGCCAGCUCCUGACAUAGAGGAGCAAGGUCAAGAUUUCAUUCGGCCGAUACUGAAGGAAAUUUCAGCAUUGUUUGUCCGCACUUCCUCUUAUGGCACCCGGACAAACACAGUCAUCCUCGUUGAUGCAAAAGGUCACGUAACUUUCACAGAGCGUACUAUGCUCAACCCUGAUGUUAACCAAUGGAAAGUCAGCUCCUUCCAGUUCGAACUUGAAAUUUAACAGCUUUCCAUUCAAUGCACAGUAAAAAAAAAAGGAAGGAAUGGAGAACAAAGUUGAAUGGAAAUGAAAGCAUACUUCACAGAUCCUGCAGGUUUCUGGGGCACUCGUGAUGUAAAUGUUUGAUUAAAUCAUACUGUAGCCUAGCAACUGCCGUGCUUUAAAAUGCACAGUAUCAUUAAUGCUUCAUGGUGUUCCAUAUGUUUAUAGUCAAUGUUUGUAUGUAUUUCUCAGUGAAUGUAUCCUAUUGAAUGUCUGUGCAAAUGUGUGUUCAUUGAAUAACUGCAUGUUUGUCUGUAUGCAGUCUCUCUCUAUAUAUAUGUAUGAGUGUGAACGUGUGUAUGUAUUGCCUGGAUCUUAUGUUUUUGGCAGGAUGAGGAAGGCAAAAUCAAAAAUGAGUGAUUUGUUCACUCCUGUCUCUGUUCUCACCAUCUCAGUCCAUUCAACCAAGAAUCAGAUAGCCACUUAUUGUCUUUCUGCAGAGGGUAAUGCUGUUUACAGUCACAGCUACAGUCAGUCUUUUAAUUAUUAUAGACCCAUAACAUAUCUAAGAUAAUUUUUUUUUUAAAUCACACGCAGACACUGCUAAUUUCCCUCGAGUAAUCUGUUGUUACAUUCAACCAUGUACCAAUUGGCAGGACUAUUUCUCCUGCUCUUGUGUCACUUCAUCAUUGUGCCAUAAUAAACACCCACUGCCACAAAGAUCCAGUGCCCAAAAAAUGCAAUAGGUUAUAAAAAUUACAUGAUUCGAUCAUUAACAGGGUCAAAAUCUUAUUAAUUAGGAAGUAUAGAAUGUUGAUUUGUUUGUCCACUUGGCUUCUGUAACUUCAGAGACAGGUGUGAUGAUGUAAUGUUUUCAACAGAAUGGUGUGUGUGUGUGUGUGUGUGUGUGUGUGUGUGUGUGUGUGUGUGUGUGUGUGUAUAUAUAUAUAUAUAUAUAUAUGUGGGCUUAAGUGUGAAGCUGCUUUUAUUUGUUCCAAUUUGAUUAUUAAUUCUACCAUUGUUCAGUGCAAUUGUAUUCUUAUAAAUAAUGCGGGUGAUUUCAGCUUCCAUACUUUUUUUUAAAACCGGUUGGCCAUAUUUUUGUGUGGAAUAUUAGGGAUCAAGAUAUUAACGUGUCUUUUUUUGUAUCCCAACCCCCACAGUUUUUUGUCUCUUUCUAUUCCUGUAAAUCUUUGUCCUCCCAUUCAUUCAUAGUUAUGAGCUUUGGUAGCUGAUUCUCUGCCUUCUGCUAGAUAACACAGUAACCGACCACAAGAGUACAUUUAGUAUUUACCAGAUUAACUUUCUGCUGAACAUUUUUACUUUCCCUGACACGUUGGAUUAGCUUUCCUCAGGGUAAUCUCAGCACGACUGAACUCCCAACAGGAAGGAACAAAACAUGGCUGAGUAAAUCAUGACUGCACUGUUAGUUUCCUAUCACACAAUCCAUGUUACUGUUGGGAAUUUUUUCAAGCUGCACUAUUCAGGGAUAGCAUUAUUAACAUAAUUUGCUGUUCUCAAGACUGAUGGACGUAAAUUAUAAAAAUGGAAACAUUAUAGUGGAAGGGGAUUAAAAUUGUUGACCAAUUGAUUUUUCUUAAACUUUCAAAGAAGGGAGAGAAUAAUGAGAGCUUUCUCCAUGAAGAAAAAGUAUUUAUUGUCAAUUCUAAAAGUGUAUAAAUUACUAUAUUGGACUGAAUUUUAUUUUUAGAAAUGGAUUAGAUGUACAGACAUUUUGGACUAAUUAUUUGAACAUGCCAACAAUGAAAGUUAACUGUUGGUAGCUGCAGCCUGUCAUUUGAUUCAGUAAAGUGACAUAGGAAAAUCUGCCCAUAUUAAAUCCAUUUACAAGAUGCUCUAAUUCCUGUCUGUGCGUCAUCAUUGAAAACAGGAUGAAGUGCAGAAGUCUUCAAAUUAGUUCCAGGUUUUCUUAGAAACUCUUCUUCUGAUUCAAGUCUGUAAUAGAUUUUUGAGUUUUGAAUCAUAUAAAUUAUGGAGGGUCUCUUGAUUGUCUCAUAAAGGCCAGAAAUGCUAUGGCUUCAGGUUGAUUUUUCUAUCUGUGCAGUGUUAAUGAUCUUAGUCAAUUGAACAGUAGGAUGGGUGAGGGUUGAUAGGUUCAGCCUUGAUUAUUUUAGGAGGUCAGUUAGGAAGACAACCUUAAUACUGACAAAUAAAUACUCGAUGAGUUACUGCCCAAUGAUUCUGGAACAAAGAAUGUCUUCAGAAGGAUAAAACGUUUCUGGCAAAAUUGGGAGAGGGAAGGACAGUAGCUGAUGUGGCAGAAGGCAAAGCCAGCUUGCCCAAAUGAACAAUUCCCAAGUUUCAGCUUAUGUCUGUCAUUUGGGAAGGUUGAAUAAAGUCAAAAGACAUAUAAUUGACUUCAAUUGUGGCCAUUUAGUCUGACAUAAGACAAGUGGUGUUACCUUAGAACAGGUAAUUUCCAACCUCUCAGAUUCAUGAAAACAGCGUGAGCAACAUAUCAAAAGGGAAGAUGUUGGGGCUGGGCAAGUCAGAUGUACAUUGUUUUACAGGGAUCAAUGUCGGAAUGGGUGGAUUUUUCAGCAUCUGUGUGAGAAAUGUCAUCUUUUUUUAAAAUUUCUAAUUCAGGAAGUCAAGGGGUUAGCUGAAAGGUUUAUCUAUUCUCACAGAAACAUUAUCAUGUUGGGCUCUGAUGUAUUUGCCCUAUCUGAAUUAAGUCAGAAGUCACAUGACACCAGAUGAUAGUUCAACAGGUUUAUUUGAAAUCACAAGCUUUCA